AUGGCCCCGCUCUCUAUCAAGGAAUUCCCUGCCUUGGUAGAGAAGGCAAGACAGAAGGUGGGAGGACCAUCUGGGUUCCUGAGCAGACAUGAAGAUAGGAGAAAACCAUACUCCAGACCUCAGCCUCAUGGGCCUAGGAGGUUCUCACAUCAGCCACAACAGCCUCAGUUUUCCAGGCCGCAGUGUUACCAUUGUGGAAGGCCUUACCUGAAGAAUGCUUGCCCUCAGCUGAUUGGCAAGAGGACAUGUCACAGAUGUGGCCAAGAGGGUCACUUUAUUAUGGAGUGCCCUGCCAGUAGGAGUGCAGCUUCGAGGCCUCCAGCACAGUCUCAGUCACAAUAG